GCGAGGCGGUGCCACCUCUUCCUCCCGCGCGCCCCGCGGAGCCCCGCCGGAGCCGCUGCGCUCGGCCGCUGACCGACCCGACUGUGCGCCGGCCGCGCCCCCGCCCGUUCAGCAGGAUGUCGGUGAAGGAGGGGGCGCAGCGCAAGUGGGCGGCGCUGAAGGAGAAGCUGGGGCCGCAGGACUCGGACCCCACGGAGGCCAACCUGGAGAGCGCCGACCCCGAGCUGUGCAUCCGGCUGCUGCAGAUGCCCUCCGUGGUCAACUACUCGGGCCUGCGCAAGCGGCUGGAGAGCAGCGACGGUGGCUGGAUGGUGCAGUUCCUGGAGCAGAGCGGCCUGGACCUGCUGCUCGAGGCCCUGGCGCGCCUGUCGGGCCGCGGCGUGGCCCGCAUCGCCGACGCCCUGCUGCAGCUCACCUGUGUCAGCUGUGUGCGUGCCGUCAUGAACUCGCAACAGGGCAUCGAGUAUAUCCUCAGCAACCAGGCCUACGUGCGCCAGCUCUCCCAGGCUCUGGACACAUCCAACGUGAUGGUCAAGAAGCAGGUGUUUGAGCUGCUGGCUGCCCUGUGCAUCUACUCGCCCGAGGGCCACAUGCUGGCCCUGGACGCUCUGGACCACUACAAGACGGUGGGCAGCCAGCAGUACCGUUUCAGUGUCAUCCUGAACGAGCUCGCGGACAGCGACAAUGUGCCCUACCUCGUCACGCUGCUCAGUGUGGUCAACGCCGUCAUCCUGGGCCCUGAGGACCUCCGUGCACGUGCCCAGCUGCGCAGCGAGUUCAUCGGUGACCACCCGCCAGCCCGCCCUGCCGGCCCUGCUGCGCCCGACCCCCCUGUUACCUUUGGUGGACUGGGCCUUCGGGACUCCUGGAUGUUAGCCCCGGGGGCUCUCAGUGUUAGGCUGGCUGGGCAGGGAGGGAGGCGGGUGGCCGGACCUCCAGUUCCAGCCCUGCCAGUCAUGGAUGUGACCAUUAAUGGGCACCACUGUGUGUCCAGCAUGAUGUCUGCCCUCCAGAGAGUCCCUGGCAUCCUGCCCCACCCCAUGGGCUGGGUGCUUUGUGUGGUGGGAGUAAGUCCAGGGAGGUGGAGGGGAGGGGUGCUGGCCAGAGCAGCCGCUGGACCCCUUCACCCCAUCUGUCCCUCUGCAGGGCUGCAGCUGCUGGACGUUCUGACCCGGCUGCGGGACCUGGACGAUGCCGACCUGCUGAUCCAGCUGCAGGCCUUUGAGGAGGCCAGGGCCGAGGACGAGGAGGAGCUGCUGCGUGUCUGCGGCGGCAUCAACAUGAACAGCCACCAGGAGGUCUUCGCCUCCGUGUUUCACAAGGUGAGCUGCUCCCCGGCGUCUGCCCAGCUGCUGUCCAUGCUGCAGGGCCUCCUGUACCUGGAGCCCAGCCGCCCGUCCUGCCAGCUGCUCUGGGAGGCUCUGGAGGGCCUGGUGAACCGGGCCGUGCUCCUGGCCAGUGACACCCAGGAAUGCACCCUAGAGGAGGUGACCGAGCGGCUCCUGUCUGUCAAGGGGCAGCCCCGGCCCAGCUCCCUGAACAAAGCCCACAAGAGUGUCCAGGCUGAUCUAGGCCAGAGUCGGGGCAGCUCCCCCCAGAAUACUGGUGCCCCAAAGGCAGGGGUAGAAGGCCGGCAGCCAGCCGCAGCCCUCGCCUCCCAGCCCGUGGUCAGCAUGCAGAGUGGGAGCCACGUGACAGCCCCACAGCCAGCAGCCCUGGAGCAGCGGGCAGCCCCCCUACCCCCGCCUGCACCCCCACUCCCCGGCUCCCUGACUGUGCCCCCCCCUCCUCCACCCCCACCCCUGCCAGGCCUGGGGACGUCAUUUUCUCCACCCACCCCAUUGCCUGGCUCUACUGGGACCUCACCCCCGCCACCUCCACCGCUCCCCGGCAUGGGGUGCCCCCCUCCACCCCCACCCCUGCCAGGCUCCAGCCCUCCUGCAGUGGGUGCCAUGGAAGAGAUCAUCGUGGCCCAGGUGGACCAUAGCCUGGGGUCCGCCUGGGUCCCAGUCCACCGGCGGGUAAACCCACCCACGCUGCGUAUGAAAAAGCUGAACUGGCAGAAGCUGCCAUCCAACGUGGCUCGAGAGCACAGCUCCAUGUGGGCCCUGCUGAGCAGCCCGGACGCCGACCUGGUGGAGCCCGACUUCUCCCAGAUUGAGCAGCUCUUCUCCUUCCCCGAGGCCAAGCCCAAGGGGGCAGCUGCAGCCCCGGCCAGGAGGGAGCCCAGGGAGAUCACGUUCCUGGACCCCAAGAAGAGUCUGAACCUCAACAUCUUCCUGAAGCAGUUUAAAUGCUCCAACGAGGAGGUCACCACUAUGAUCCGGGCAGGCGACACCACCAGGUUUGACGUGGAGGUCCUCAAACAGCUCCUCAAGCUCCUUCCUGAGAAGCACGAGAUUGAGAACCUGCGCUCCUUCAGGGACGAUCAGGCCAAGCUAGCCAGUGCUGACCAGUUCUACCUCCUCCUGCUGGGCAUCCCCUGCUACCAGCUGCGGGUGGAGUGCAUGCUGCUGUGCGAGGGCACGGCCAUCAUGCUGGACAUGCUGCAGCCCAAGGCCCAGCUGGUGAUCGCCGCCUGCAAUAGCCUGCUCACCAGCCACCAGCUGCCUGUCUUCUGCCAGCUGAUCCUGCAAAUUGGAAACUUCCUCAACUACGGCAGCCACACUGGGGACGCUGACGGCUUCAAGAUCAGCACACUGCUGAAGCUCACGGAGACCAAGUCCCAGCAGGGCCGCGUGACACUACUGCAUCACCUGCUGGAGGAGGUGGAGAAGAGCCACCCGGACCUCCUGCAGCUGCCCCGGGACCUGGAGCAGCCCUCCCGGGCGGCGGGGAUCAACGUGGAGAUCAUCCGCUCAGAGUCCAAUACCAACCUGAAGAAGCUUCUGGAGAUGGAGCAGAGGGUGACCUCGUCCGUCCCCGAGGUGCAGGAGCAGUACGGCGAGCGCCUGCAGACCAGCAUUGCGGCCUCCCAGGCACUGGACAAGGUGUUCCAGGCCAUCGAGCAGAAGAAACAGGAACUGGCCAGCUACCUGUGUGAGGACGCCCAGCAGCUGUCCCUGGAGGACACGUUCAGCACCAUGAAGGCUUUCCGGGACCUCUUCAUCCGCGCCCUGAAGGAGAACAGGGACCGGAAGGAGCAGGCGGUGAAGGCCGAGAAGAGGAAGCGGCAGCUGGCGCAGGAGGAGGCGCGGGGGCCCCGGGGCGAGGAUGGGACGCCCGGCAGGAAGGGCGGCGCGAAGCAGGAGGAGGUGUGUGUCAUCGACGCCCUGCUGGCCGACAUCAGGAAGGGCUUCCAGCUGCGGAAGACGGCGCGGGGCCGAGGGGACCCAGGGUGGGGCGGCAAGGCAGCGCCCCCAGACAGCCCGAGGAGCAAGGCGCCGGCAGCCGCCAGUGACCCCCGAGGAGGCCUCACGGGAGGCAGCAGCUGCCCCACCUCUGAGCCUGUUCUGGGCCCUGCGGUGGCUGGGCAGCCCCCAAGCCGGGACCUAAUGGAUGCCACCACCCCCAGCCCUCAGCCCACCAGAGACGGGCCAGAGGAGGGGAGGCCUGGGCCCCUAGAGAGGUGCUCUUCCUGGUACGUCGAUGCCACUGACAUCCUGACCGCAGAGGACCCCCAGGAUGUCCGGCCCUCUGCAGGGGCCUGGCCGGUGAUGCUGGAAGACACCCAGGCCCUGAAGCCCCUCAAGUUCUCUGGUGACAAGCCCCCUGGGGCCACAGGUUCCAGCCAAGACAUUGAGGGCCCUGCAGCCCCACAGGGCGUCUGCCAGGCCGAGGCCGACCGCGCAGGCAAGGGUCUGGAGUGUGCCGCUCCAUGUGGCCCUGGCAGGGAUGGAGACAGGGACGAAGAGGACACAGCCCCAGAUUCUGCACUGGACACAUCUCUGGACAGGUCUUUCUCCGAGGACGCCGUGACCGACUCCUCAGGGUCUGGCACUCUCCCGAGGGCCCAGGGUCGCACCUCAAAGGGGGCCGGCAAGAGAAGGAAGAAACGCCCCCCAAAGAGACAGGAAGAGGUUGCCCCUGACUCUGACGGUAAUAAAACAAAAAGCCUGUGUGUGACCCAGUAAGGCCCCAGGCCCAGGCCCAAAGCAAAGUGAGAGUGCCCACAGCUGGCGUUAAUACGCGGCGAGCCGCUGGACGUGCUGCUGAGUGGGGCUCCUCCGGGGCCAGGCUGGGACUGGGCCCCCGGGAAACCGAAUCUCCGUGCCUUACCCAGCCAGGGACGUGGGCCUCUCAGAGCCUUCUUGGGGCAUUGUGCCCGGGACCCCGCCUGGUGCCCUCCUGACCGCCUGCACACCCUCAGCCCCUCGUGGUCUGCUUACUGAACACCAACACCCAGGCCCACACUGGGGCACCCGCCAUGGGGCCGGGUCAGGUGGCUGUGUUCCUGGGGUGCCUGAAGCAUGCUCCCCCAUCUGGGGGCCUGGCACCCAGAUUCUUUUGGAGACAGGCCCUCGCAGACCCCUCCCCAUGAAGCCAGGCAGUGCAGAAGCCUCACUGCCCCCCUAAGGGCCCCACUCAGCUGGACUGGAGCAGACUGGUUUUUACCCAAAAUAUGUUUGUUUCUGCCUUUCUGCUGUCCUGUGAUGGCUUAGCUGGGGACAGCUGGUCAUGUUGGGGGGACCCAGGGCCUUGGGCGGGCCAGGGUCUUCCUCGGGGUGGGGGGCGGUGGUCACGGCCCCAUCCCGCUGUGCCCAGCCCUGCACGGGGGAGGUAUAGGCCCUGGCUGCCACACUGUGUAGCCAGGGCCUGGGCCCCUGCCUCCCCCGCCCCAGGUGUGUGCUGCCACGUGAAGGCUGGAGGGCUUUGACCAAUAAAAAGCAAAGUUGGCCCAGAA